GAGGGGCUGUAACGGGUCAUUCGUUCUCACAUUGUUAUUAGUCGGGAGCAGAACUUGUGAAAUAAUGCCGUUCAUAAAUUUAGAAACUAACUUACCUGCAAGCAAGUUUCCAGAAAACUUUCUGAAAAGACUAUGUACUACAUUGGCUGCAGCUUUGGGGAAACCGGAAGACAGGAUGAAUCUGGUGGUGAAGACUGACCUGCCGAUGAUGAUCGCAGGGUCCUGCUCCCCGUGUAUUUUGAUGACCGUGUCUGCCAUUGGAGUGACUGAUACUGCGGAGAAGAAUAAGGAGCACAGCGCCAAAAUCUUCCAGUUCCUGAAAGGAGAGUUUGAGCUUGGCGAUGACCGUAUUUUAAUAUUGUUCCACCCUCUGGAGCCGUGGCAGAUUGGGAAAAAGGGAACAGUGAUGAGCUUCUUAUAAGACAUUACUUCUUUGAAAGUGAAUUCCUCAUAUGUGAUUCCUGUUUGGGAUUCAGCUAGCUGGACAUGCAUUGCUGCUGGGUUAUAGGGAAGUUGUUAUUUUACAGGAUUAUGAAUAUUUUGCAUUAAAAUAUACAAAUUUUCUUGAAAAGUAACUGAUAAGUAACUUGUAUGAUUUGAAAAUUAACACUUUUCUUAAUAUGUUAAAUAUAAAAUGCAUUUAGCAUUUUGAUAGCAAGUCGUAGUGGGUUUAGUUUUAAAAAGCUGAUGAAAUAAAGCUAUGAGAGAGUUUUUAAGAAAAAUUGUAUUCCAUUAUCUCUGUAUUGUCAAACCUUUCCAGAGAAAGUGCCACAUCAAUCAGUUAUCUAUUAACCACUUCUAUUGGUUAAAUCAGACCAUAUAAGAAUCAAGAAUCAUCUAAUCUCCAGCUAACAAGAGCCAUAGACAAUAUUCAAAACCAGUGUAGUCAGUUUAAGACUAAGAGUGAGUUAUGAUUUGCACAUUUAUUUUAAGGAUAUCAGUUGUAAACACAUUUUCUUUGGCAUAGUUAGUACAGAAUCAGACUGUGUUUGUCAAGAACAUUGAUUCAUCCUUCCAAAUGAAGAUUUGGAAAAACAAUAAAAUUGCUCUUAAAUAAAA